GCUGUAUUGACAAUCCCGUCAAUCAUUCCGUCGCGCGCAGCUUCCCGCCACUACAAAGUACCGCUCUAGGAGAACGCCCACAGUCUCCCGCCACUGUGACGUCGUCACGUGUGUUGCCGUACUGACCGCUCUAUGGUAGACCUGUCAAUCAUUCCCUCCCGCGAGCGAAUGGAAAUCCCGCGCGCCGAAUUGCGCGUGAAACCACUACUAUUAUCCACCAUGAAUGUUGCAUUAUGACGCAGGAUCAACGCUACUUGACAGGUGAGGAUAAUAACACUGGAAGCUUGAAGAUACUGGGAUCCUGAGGGAAAAUUAACAAACAAUGAUGGAUAAACGCGACAAGAAAGCAAAAGAAGAAUCCAAGAAAUCAACUAAAACCACAAGGAAGCUGUUUCGGAGGAAAUCGUUUAAGUCCGUGGAAAGUUUAGUGAGUAGGGUUUUGAAAAGUUUCGGAAGCUGGUCUGGCGGUGGAAAAACAACUGAACGCUCGGGGGCUGAAGAAGACGAUGGUGGGUUUGGAGAGAGCCCACCUUGCACUGGAAACUCUGGACACCUGAAAAAAGAGGACAGCGGCCAGGUGAUGAAGAGUUUAUCGUUUCCCACCGACCGCUCCUCGGCGAAAGAGCGACUCUCUUCGCUCUACGGGCAUAAGACGCCUGGCGUGUUGGGUUUGAAGAACCACGGCAACACCUGCUUCAUGAACGCCGUUGUGCAAUGCUUGAGCAACACGGACCUGCUCGCUGAAUAUUUGGGCUUGGAUCGAUAUAAACUGGAUCUGUAUCGUAUGAACGGGAUUGCGAGCAGUGGGGACGCGCGUGAGAAGGGAGAAGUGACGGAACAGCUCGCGAGUCUGGUUCGAGCGCUUUGGACUUUUCAAUAUACGCCUCAACUCUCAGCUGAGUUUAAGAUGACUGUGUCUAAAUAUGGAGCACAGUUCCGGGGGAACUCCCAGCACGAUGCACUGGAAUUCCUUCUCUGGCUGCUGGACUGCCUGCAUGAGGACAUCAACUCAUCCUCCACCUUCUCCAGUGGGAAUAACAAAAGCAAGUCCAGUGGGAAGAGUCAAGAAGGAGGCGAAGAGAAGCUUAUAUCUGAUGCUCUGACUCCACCAAAUAUACAGCCCGGUGUAUGCCACAGCUUCGUACAAGAGCAUUUUCAAGCGCAAUACAAGUCAUCUCUGACGUGCCCUCAUUGUCUUAAGCAGAGCAACACGUUUGAUCCUUUUCUAUGUAUAUCUCUCCCUAUCCCUUUAAGACAGACGAGACCAGUCUGUGUGACUCUGGUAUUUAGCAAUAAAGGGCAGCGAUAUCUGCGAGUGGGGCUCGCUGUGCCUCUCUUCGGAUCUUUGGCGUGUUUGCGCAGGAUGGUGGCAGAUGAGGGCAACAUCUCUCCAGAUCAGGUAAUACUGACUGAGAUCAACACAACAGGCUUCCAGCGCUCUUUCUUUGAUAACGAUGACUUGACCAGCAUAGCGGAGAGUGACAUCUAUGCCUUCCAAGCUCCACCCCUUUACAUCAGGGGCGGAUCUCCGCGAAUCUCAGAGUUCCACAACAGUCUUCCGUCCUUUCUAUAUGCUUCGUCCUCUGGGCCGGAGAGUCAGAGACUGCCUGCAUCCGGAGCAUUGUCCUCUGAGUUCCUCAACCAAGCUGAUGGGAUGCUGAAGAUCUUGCUGCUGGUGUGUAAUGCAGCUGGAGCAGGACAGCAGGCAGUGAGAUUUGGCCCUCCAUUUCUGAUGAGAGAGGACAGAUCAGUGUCCUGGGACCAGCUACAGCAGAGCAUCCUCAGUAAACUCUACUAUCUAAUGAUCAAUGGAUCCCAAGCACAGAAUUUCAGGGUGUUGUUCAAGAUUCGUGUUGUGGGGGGAUCUCCUUCAUAUAGCUACUUAAAUCCCCAAGAUGGACGACCACUUUAUCACCCUGCAGUAGACAGAGCUUUAAAGCUGUGCAGCUCAGGUGGACCUCCACAUGUGAAGCUCAUUGUUGAAUGGGAGCACAGAAUCAAAGACUGUCUGUUUGGUAAUAUCCAGGAGGAGGUUGUGAAGGACUCGGAGAGCGUUCGUGCUCAACAGCAACACCACGUUCAACAGCACAGCUGCACACUGGACGAGUGCUUUGAUCUUUACACCAAAGAAGAACAACUGGCCCCUGAUGAUGCAUGGAAGUGCCCUCACUGUAAGCAGCUACAGCAGGGAACAGUGCAGAUGAGUCUGUGGACGCUCCCCGACAUCCUCAUCCUUCACCUGAAGCGCUUCCGACAGGUCGGAGAACGCCGCAACAAGCUCUCCACACUUGUCCAAUUCCCCCUCAUGGGUCUCGAUAUGGGCCGCCAUGUGGUCAAGAGGAGCAACUGCGCCCCACUGCCGCCUAGCUGGAAACAUCAGGCUUACAACAGGCCUGAAAGCAGUAGACAUGCCCCAGACUUCCUGUACGACCUGUAUGCUGUGUGUAACCAUCACGGAGGCAUGCAUGGAGGCCACUACACAGCAUACUGCAGGAAUUCAGUGGAUGGACAGUGGUACACCUAUGAUGACAGUAGUGUUGAGCCAGUGCCCGAGGGGGAAGUGUGCACACGAGGCGCUUAUAUCCUGUUUUACCAGAGACGUGACGCAAUUCCAUCCUGGUCCGCUAGCUGUUCCCUACAAGGCUCCACCAGCUACUCUGCAUCAGAUCAUUGGCUCAUCCGUUUGACUGCGGACAACCACAUUUCCAGUCCUUCUAGCAAGCUGUCCAACUCAUCUUCAGCUCCUGAACCCCAAAUCCCACACAUUCCUGUCAUCCAUGAGCCCCCCAAAGAAGACAAUGAUGGAAUUGAGCCCAUGCGAUUUGUAAGGGGCAGUCAGGGCUGCAGUAUGAGUAUGCGUUACAACUCCAAAUCCAAGGCAGGCCAAGGUAAAGUUCUUCCACUACGCUGGUCAUUUGGUUCCAAGGGCCGUCGAAAACCAGUGACUGUAGCUCCACAAGCCGGAACUGAUGAGCUGGUGGAGUACCUUGAGUCUGGCCGGCGGCCGCGUUGUACCAAGGAACCCAUAGUUAGCAUUGUGGCAAGUCCUUCACAGGUUAAAUCCCAGCUUCGUGAGGACGAUUCUCCGAGUACCCCGAGUGGUAGUAGUAGUCUUAACGGUGGUAGCUAUCAAGAUCCAGAUUCACCCCGGUUACCCGAAGGCCAGAGCAGACCAGCACUUGAUCUUAACCGAAUUAAUUCUAAUGGCAAUACAAGAACUGAUGGCACAUUGGCCAAGAACAGUUCUAAAACAACCAGGCAGGAGCAAGUAGAGCGGACUCAGGACAGCAAGUCUCUUCGAGGUUCCCCUACUGGGCUGCACAAUGGGACCACCUUAGCAAUUAAUGGUGCAUUUCAUUCCAAAGACUCUACAUUAAAAAGACUCAGAAGCCAACCAGAUGCAACUAACAGGGAUCAUAGUCAAACGCAGGUGGUCACUAGGUCCAAAGGUGAGGAACACGGGACUAAAGAUUGCAUCCUUUCCAUCAGCUCUGGCCUUACACGUACAAUUGACCAAUUCCAGCAUGGGAGGUCUAAGGAGGUGGGGCAUGGGAAAACUCUUUCCAAUAAGAGCUUGGCCAAACUAUCUCUAUCCAAUGGCUCUCUAAAUGGGAAGGGCGUUGAGGCUAGGAAAACCAGUAACACCUACAGGAGCACCAAUAAACCAAGAUAAAACCAGGACCGGUCAACUCAAUUGGCGACACAGGUGAGCGCCUAGUGUAACCGGGCCUGCUUGAUCCGCUCCGAGCGAGAUUUGAACCGGGGUCUCCGGCAGGGAGGCAGGUGUGCUAACAAGGAGACUAAAGGCUACAGCUUCUAGCGUCAGUCGCUAGUGCACCUCUUGAGGCCAGGGGAGUGAGGUUUACAUACCGCAUAGCUACUUACCAGCUGGAUACCAUUAGACUCGGGCGGCAUCGCUUCGGGGGCGCCGACCUACAAAGCCCAUUUUAUCAUGUGUCUAAUCUGUGUUGAACAAAAUGCACCCUGUGUGUUCCAAUAACGCCUUGUCUAGGGUGCCAAAUGGGGUAGGACCGGCACUGUUUACUUAUAUUUUCUAUUCACUUUUUAUUUUUAUUCUAUUUUGUAUUAUUAUCUCUGUCUUGUUGUAUUGUUUGUGCGCUGGAAGCUUCUGUCUCCAAGACAAAUUCCUUGUAUGUGUAAGGAUAC